UAUAUAACAGCAACCUACGGUCCAAAAGAGCAAGGAAAAAGAAAUCUCAGUUGCUAGUACAUUUUUUUUUUCAUGAUCAUAAAUAAUAUGGGUGGUUCAUCUUCCUCGACCGGGCUCUGCCUGCUGCUGAGUUUGCUGAUUCACAGCUCCAUCUUCUUCUUCGUGGCUUCGCAGAGCACGACAGCGGCGGUUGAAGGGACGGUGUUCAUCAAUGGAAGCUCGAGAAUCGGGAGGACGAACCCAAAUUUCAUAUGUGCAACUCUCGACUGGUGGCCGCCGGAGAAAUGUGACUAUGGAACUUGCAGCUGGGGAAGAGCUUCUCUUCUUAACCUGUCUUUUUAUAAUUUUUUUAUUUGUUCAACGUUUCCAGCCUUCUCUCCUCUGAAGAUCAGAUUGGGGGGUACCCUACAAGAUAAGGUCAUAUACGAGACUCAACAACAGGCUUGCCCUGCUUCAUUCAUCAAGAGCUCUUCAGAAAUGUUUGGUUUCUCCCAGGGCUGCUUGCCCAUGUCGAGAUGGGACGAACUCAACUCUUUCUUCAGGAAAGCUGGGUACAAUACAGUAACCAUACACUUCCCCCUUUCUGCAAGGGCAGCGGUUGUAUUCGGGUUAAACGCGCUGAACGGUAGGACAAUAGCUUCUGAUGGUUCAGCAGCAGGAGCGUGGAACUCGAGCAAUGCGGAGGCUCUGAUAAGAUAUACAGUGAAGAAAAAUUUCGCCAUCUUUGGUUGGGAGCUCGGGAAUGAGCUUAGUGGGAGCGGAAUUGGGACCAGUGUGGCCCCAGACCAGUACGCAUCUGAUAUAACCAACCUGCACGAUAUCGUGAGGAGAACUUAUGCGAGGUUCGGGAAGAGGAUGAAGAAGCCACUGGUUUUGGCGCCUGGAGGGUUUUACGACGCGAAUUGGCUCACACAGUUCAUAAAUAAAACACCUAAGAACUCCCUUCAGGUUGUCACUCAUCAUAUCUAUAACCUGGGACCAGGUGUUGAUACUCACUUGGUUGACAAGAUUCUGGAUCCAUCGUACCUCGAUGGUGGCUCGUCGCCUUUCAGUGGACUGCAAGGAAUCUUGAAGACCACAGGGAGUUCAGCUGUUGCUUGGGUUGGUGAGGCCGGUGGUGCCUACAACAGCGGUCAUAAUCUAGUCACGAAUGCAUUUGUGUUCAGUUUCUGGUACCUGGAUCAGCUAGGAAUGGCGGCAUCCUACAACACCAAAACUUACUGUAGGCAGUCACUGAUCGGAGGGAAUUAUGGCCUGCUCAACACUACCAACUUCGUUCCGAACCCAGAUUACUACAGUGCACUGCUGUGGCACCGUUUGAUGGGAACAAAGGUGCUUUCCACGAGCUUCUCUGGAACCAAGAAAAUACGUGCUUAUGCUCACUGUUCAAAGGAAUCUCAAGGAAUCACAUUACUUUUGAUCAACCUUGACAGUAACACGACAGCUAAUGUGCGUGUUUCGACUGAAAAUGCCAUCACUGUUCGGACAGCUCGGCGACAUCACCAAAAUCGAAGAUCAAAAUUCACUAGGAUGUCAAGCGGUUCCAAAGCUAAUGCACAUGCAAGAGAGGAAUACCACUUGACCGCUAAUGGUAAUGAUUUACACAGUCAGACAGUACUUCUGAACGGGAAAGUACUUGCAGUGAAUAAUACAUCUGGAUCUAUACCUCUUCUGGAACCGGUUCAGGCCAGACUUUCGGACCCAAUAACCAUUGCACCUUUCUCUAUUGUAUUUGCUCACAUUGCCAAUGUAACCGUUCCAGCCUGUAAGUAAAAAGUUGAAUAAGACUGAAAUUGUUCUGUUUAACAGUUGUAUCUCUUCCUGAAAUGUCAAUUCAAAGCCUGG